AUGUCCCCAGUCACAGCGACAGCACACGCAAAGGUUCCUUCUGUAGGUGGUGGCGCUUUCAAGGAUCGAGAUUUGGCCAAUAGAGCACUUGAAAGCGAGGAGAGGUUGCGAGAGUUGAUGGGCAUGUUGCAUGAAGCCGUACAAUCGUUAGCACAAGAGCUUGAAGCUGAUGAUGAGGAUGAAUGGGAGGAUGUCGGCGAUGAUGACGAGGAGUUGGAGUAUGUCGACGAUGAGAAUGAUUGGGAAGAUAUCGACGAUGAAGAGGAUGACGAAGAGUUGGAGGAUGAUGAGAAUGAGGAUGGUGGGGAAGAUAUCGAUGAUGACGAUGACUCCUUAGACUUCUCAGACCCCUCACGCUCCCCAGACCCCUCACACUCCUCACACCCCUCCUCCAACUCCUCCGUAGAGAACCUACUCGUAAAAUGGUAUCACAAGGACGAUGUAACAGCACUUGUCAAGACCUUGAUCGAAUCGGCCCAGGCAUCUUAUGCGCAGCAGGAGGAGUUUUGGAAGGAUAGGCGCAUAGUUCAGGAGUGGUUUGGAGGUAUAGAUAGGUGA